GCAUCUGUUUUAAUAUGAUAAGACAUAAAAAUGUAAACUGGAUAAUGGUUACCUAAGUAAUGCUCUUUUUUAUGCGAAAAUUAGAUGCAUGGACAAAAAUUGAAAUCGAGGCCACAGAAGCCAUUGUUUGAUGUGGGGGGAACCGAUGACCAGAAGAAUACGUUCAGAUAAAUUGUCUGCUGCAACCUCUCUUCGUAAUUUACAGCUGUAUUAUGUACACUCAUUUUAUGUGAAGUGCGUACGAUGUGCAAAUGACCUUGAACUGUCUUGCAUGUGGGUCAUUUAAAAAAGAGGCAUGGCGGAUGCAACCGCGGGAAAGCACGGCAUGGAAGAUAACAAUUUGACCGAGGCUCCUGCAGAAGAAUCUACCAUCAAGGAAAGUAUAAGCAGUACGUCUCUAGACAGAGACAACUCAAACAUGGAUGUGGAAAAUGGACCUUAUACUGAUAAAGCAUCAGAAUCAAAUCUGUCAGAUAAUUCCAAUCUAGAUGCAAAAUCCAAAGGGGAAAGCCCAGACAGUCCUGCCCCCUCAGUAGAGGAGGAAUCAAACAUGAGUGCAAUAGAAGAUGAAUCAGUUCUAAGUGAUCAAGCCAUACAGAAUGGGGUGACGCCUCCACCAAUAGAAAACUCUGUUGCUGAGCCAGAAGAGAACGACCUUAUACUGGAAAGGAACUCAGCAAAUGCAGCAGAGGAGCCACCUGGCACACCAGAGAGCAGUGCGGAGGAUGUCAGCAUCCAGCAGCCCCCUGUUGACCCAAGUCUAGAGGCUCAGCAGCAGGAGGAAGAGCAGGCAGCUGUGGAUGCUGCAGGGGUGUCCCCAGGGUCAAGCCAGGGGGGUUCCCCCUCUGGAGAUGAUGGCCCAGUGGAGGGGGAGGGUGGAGAAGGAGACCUAGCUGCUGGAGUUGAUGAGCAGAUCCCAUCUGUUCCACAGCAGACCAAUGGAGAUGAACUGGAGCCCAGUAUAGAGAAUGCAGCUGACAAUGCUGAAGAGGACCAGCUGCUGGAUGAUGGUGAUGGAGAGGAUGAGGUACUGGAUGAGGAUGAGCUACUUGAUGAUGAGCAGCAAUCGGAUACACCUGUCAAUCAGGAACAUGUCCGGCCUGCAGCACAAGACAAUAACCAACCACAGGCAGGUGAACCUGUCAAUCAGGAACAUGCUCCGCCCACGGCAGAAGACAGUAACCAACCACAGCCAUGUGAACCUGUCAAUCAGCAAGAUACACCAGCUAGUCAAUCGGGAAAUAAACAGCAAUUAGUUGAGGAGUUUGUCAAUAAUCAAAAGUCUGCAUCUCCCUCACCAACAGAUGACCAAGUGCAACAAUACGAACCUUUCAAUCAAACAAGUGCUCCCUCCACCCCUUUAGGGGAUGACCAAAAGGCAGAUGAGCCUGUCAAUCAAGGUGCUCCACCCACUUCGAAAGAUGACCAGACCGAGCCUGUCAGUCAAGGAGAUGCUCCACCCAUUUCAAAGGAUGACAAACAAGACAGUGUUCCAACAGAAAAAGAAUUAAAAUCUGAAAACAAUGAAGAAAAAGUAUCUCAGCAAGAAAAUCUUUCUGAAAUAUCCCCAGAAGAUUCCUCAGCAGAUAAGAUAAAGCCUGUGUCCUCAGAGGAUGCCCCAGUGUCCUCAGAGGAUCUCCAGCCAGCAUUAAAAACUGAUGAUGUAUCAGGGGCUAAGACAGUAAGCCCAAUGUCUGUGUCAUCUCCUGCAGCAGAUCCAAUGGACACUGAACCAGGUUCUUCUGUAGCAAGAGAAGAACCAAUGGAAGUAGACGGCACUGAUGGGAAGUCAUCCCAUGUGGAGAAUAUGGAGACAGACGCUGAAGAGACACUGGGUUCACUAACCAAUCAAAGUGAAGGAGCUCAGGAGCAGACAUCAACACGGAAUGCAGCAGAAGACAACCAAGUACCAGACGUAGAAAUGAGUGGUGACACCCAAGGAUCUGGAACUGAAGUCAACGGUGAAACAGAAAGUGCUAAUACCAUCAAGAUUUCAAAAGUGGAGACUGUGACAGCUAAUUCUGGAGAAAAUGUAACAGAAAUCAAAACUGAGUCAGAGUUUUGUAAAGAGGAGACAGGCACAGCUGAAGAAGGGACUGGAAUGAAGAUCACUUCCGUCUCUGGUGCAACCAAAACCAGUGAAGAUGGCAGUCAGGUUAGCAGGUCUGAUCUAGAAGACGAGACCACUGAGAAGAGCCCCUCUGAGGCAAAAAUAAAGAAGGAAAUUUUUGACGAUGACCAGAAAGAGAAACAGAACUCCAACACUACAGAAUCACCUGCUUCUAAGGAUGCUUCUGCAGUCUCCAGUGAAGGGAAAUCCUCCAAACCAGCUGCUACAAAAACACCACACAAAUGUCUGGUCUGUGGAAAGGUGGGCAAGUGCAAGUAUAACAUUGUACGCAAUGGUGACACCAAACACCUCUGCGAUGACAGGUGCUUCAAAAUGUUCCGCACCAGUCCUGCUGCAUUCUUAAAGGCAGAGGCCGCAGCAGGUCCAGAGAUUACACAGAGCUCAGCGCCACCUACCUCCUCCCCUGAUCGACCUCAGUUCUCCAAACAGCCAGAAAAAUGUUGCUCUGUUUGUAAACGGCACGAGGUUUCCGCGGACAAGUUCUUGAGUUGGCAGGGGAUGGAGUACUGCUCAGAGGACUGUCUGGACAAGUUCAUGACAUCUAUUAGCACCACAUGUUCACUGUGUAACCUCAUCAUUGCCGAGACUGCCAAAGGAAAACAUUGUAUCAAAGUGGGUAACACAGUGAGACCCUUCUGUAGCAGCAAAUGUAUGGAGGGGUUCACUAAAACUCUCAAGGUUUGCUCCUACUGCCAGAAAGACUUGAAGCAGAUUGUGGGCAGCUUCAUAGCCCCUGUUGGAAAUAAGGGAAAUGAGGAAUUUAAAGAUUUCUGUUCACAAGCCUGUCUGAAGAACUUUGAGGAGAAGCUGAAGGGGAAGGAGGAGAAAAAGAAAGACGUUGAUGACAUUGAGGUGAUCUCCACCAAGGAGGGGUCAACACCUGGACAGAGGGUUACACGCUCCAGAACAGGCUCCAUUCCUUCUAAAUGUACAGUGUGUGGCAAGAUUGCGCAGAUCAAACAUGAAGUGAACUUUGAGGAAAAGAUUCACAAACUUUGUAGUGACCCGUGUUUUGCUGCCUUCAGGUAUGCUAACAAACUGACGAUGAACACAUGUGACAACUGUGGAAUUUAUUGCAACAACGAGGGCACAUCACCAAUGUUUAUACAGUUUGAGGGUCAGCAGCGGAGGUUCUGCAGCGAUUUGUGUGUUUCUAUUUUCAAGACUUCAAUGACAAAGACUGCCUCCUGUACGUGGUGUAAGUCCACCAAGUCCAACUUCGACAUGAUCGAGAGAGUGGACGCCAAAAACAAAUUCCAGCUAUUUUGUUCCUUGAACUGUCUGUCUUUGUACCGAGUGAACCUGCAGGCGACCUCCAGCCAGCGAGUGACCUGUGACCAGUGUAAGAGAUACUUCCCUGCCCAGUACCAUCUGACCAUGAGUGACGCCUCAGUCCGUAACUUCUGUUCUUACCCCUGUGUAAUGAACUACCAGGCUCAGUUCCAGGCGCCUCAGCGAAUUCCUGUGUCACCAGCAUCAACCCAGGCCAAAGUCACCACGCCACAGCCACCUAGGAUACCACCAACAAACCAAGGUGACCCAUCUGAAGUUUUUCCAAUGAAGUUGGUGAUGGUGGGUCCUGUGGUGAAGUUAGAGAAGUUACAGGAUCAGGAUGUGGAGUACACGGAGGUCACGGCUAGGACAGGAGCCAGCGGAAGAAAAUGGAAGUCUUUUGCUGAAUCAAAAAAGCGAGAACCAGAGAAGAGAGUGAAGACCAAACACGCUGAAGCCAAAGCAUUGCAUUCUAAAAAAAGAAAAAUACAAAAUGUCACUGUUGGGAAAAAGGAAAAAUUGCCUGUACCCAAUCCAUCAAAAUUAAGAAGGAACUUAAAGCCCGGAGCAGCUAAACAACCAGUUUCUGCCCGUCUGCAAGCCAGAUAUAGUAUUAAUAGUAGUACAGUCACAAAGGCAAAAACUGUUCCCAAUUCAAAAGGAUUAAAAGUAAUAAAAAAAGAUAUUCAAGUGCCUUCACUGCAACCUGUCAUUGACCUCACGAGGUACAAUAGUUUGUUCAAGUCCCAGAAACUGUCCAGGUUGAGAAAGAGUGUGCGGUUACCUUCAAAGACCAGACCAACCAGGUCAAAACAGUUGGAAAAGGCGAUUUCUUUGAGGACAGGGCCUCGAAAAGAAAAGUGGGAUUCAAGAAAAGAAUUAGAUAUGUCUGUGAUAGAAUACAAUAAGUGCAAUGUAAAAAAGAAUGAACAGUCUGUGAUAGAAAGGAACAGAGGCAAUAAUGUAGUAAAAAGUCAAAAUAUGUCAAAUUCCCUUGUUCCCCUAAAGUCUAUGCAAUCUUCAAAGACAAGGUCCCGAAAGCUGGAUUUAUUUAAACGCCUAAAUAACUUAAUGCAGCCAGUAGUGGUGCUACAGCAAAACAUGUCCAAUAUUCAACUCAACAAGCCAGUUAAGGUGGACGAGGCUGAAAUUAAUCUGCAGUUGAGUACUCUGGGUAAACCAGCAGGGCCUCCGGUUGGAAGGGGAAGGAAGCUGAGAGACAGAAAAGGAACAGGAACCGCUACUGGAAAGAAAAACCUUGCCAAACGAAAAGUGAAGUUAGAACCACAAACUGACCAAAUGUAUGGAGGUGUGCGCAUUUCACCAAGAAAGCGAUCUUCUCAGUUUUCACAGUUUGAAAAAGAAAUCUCAGGAACUGUCCUGAGAAAAAGAUUAGAUAAAACUGCCGUCGCACUAGAUGAGAAAAAACUGUUCUCUGAUGAUUCUGGAGAAAUGUCAGAGGAGGACUGUGGGUUCACUGACGUAACAGGAGAUCUGUCAGAUGAUGAUGAUGAUGAAGAAAUUGCUAAAACAGGGAUGAUAUCAAAAAUAAUAGAAAAACUAGGCAAGGAAUCAGACACUGACCUGUUAGUUGGUGGAGUGACGGCCAUUGAUAAAGAUGCCAGGGAGAGACCACGUGUUAGAAGAAACUUGAGAAGCAGAUCUAUAGGUGCCACUGUGGCCCCUGGUGGGCUGGGUAACAUCCCCAUUAUCUCCAACGUCAUGUCACUGGCUCCUUCCCAAACACAAGCCACACCACAAAACAGGAGCAACAGUAGAGGUACUCAGCCACCCCCCUCUUACACCCCAGCUGGCACCACUGCCAAGCCCCAGCCGCCAUCCCCUGCAGCAACACAGCAGGUGGUGCGGAAGGUGAUCGUCCAGCCACCUCCUCCAAAGUCUGUGAAGAAUAAGUCACUGCUGUGUAAACCGUUUACGCAGACCAAGGCGACGUCCUGCCGCCCCCAUGUGACCACCACUGGGGUACAGACUGACAAGGACAAGGAGCCCAAGAGUAUGAUUGUCCCGGUACCUGUGCCCAUCUAUGUCCCGGUGCCCAUGGCCAUGUAUACCUAUCCCACUCCAUACCCACUACCCAUCCCGGUGCCUAUCCCGGUACCCUGCUUUAUACCUACCACCAAGAAAUCUGCGGAUUCCAUCCUGAAGCAGAUCAAGGAAAUUCAAGAGCGUAUGCCAGCUGAUCCAUUUGAAGCUGAAUUGUUGAUGAUGGCAGAAGCUGUGGCGACUGCGGAGAAAGAUGACAGUGACAGCGAGUCUGACAGGGCUGCGGAGGAAGUGAAUAAAUCUGCUGGUGAGACAGCAGCACAACCAGUUCCAGAUGUGCCUGUACCUUCCCAGGAUGCAUUUGGGGAAGAUAUGCUCCAGAUGGCGCUGCGUAUGGCCUCAGAAAUGACGGACCAACCCAUGGACCUGGAAACCUCUCUAGAGCCCGUACCUGUUCAGCAAGGCUCAGGUGUGGAUUACAGCACUAUAGAGGCCGACCCCGAUGUCAUCCACACUGCUGUGCCAACACGAACCAGGUCUAAAGGCCGCGGCCGAGGCAGGAGAGGACGAGGCGCUAAGAGGACCAAAGUGGAGGAACCCCCUCCUGAACCGACCCCACCCCCACCCCCACCCCCCGCCCAAGACCAACCCACACCCCCUGACGCUGACAUGCAUCUCAAGUACACUUACGGCGUAAACGCAUGGAAACACUGGGUCAUUCAGAAAAACAUGCAGCUGGAAAAGGUGACCUCAAAAGGCAGCAAACUGAAGCAUUUUAAGACAGAUCUGCUGCAGAUGACGGCAGAUGAGCUGAAUUUCUCCCUGUGUCUGUUUGUGAAAGAAGUGAGGAAACCCAAUGGAGAGGAGUAUGCCUCUGAUAGCAUAUUUUACCUUUGUCUAGGCAUUCAGCAGUACCUCUUUGAAAAUGGCAGGAUUGACAACAUCUUCACCGAUUUCUACUAUGAAAAGUUUACAGAAUGUCUGCAUGAGGUGGUUUCCAAGUACCAAGCUCGGCUCAACACAGCAGGUCUUCUGGUGUGCCGUAUAGAGGAAGAGCACCUAUGGGAGAGCAAACAACUCGGUGCCCACUCUCCUUAUGUGCUGCUAAACACCCUGGUCUACUUCAACACCAAGUACUUCAUGCUGAAGACCCCUGCAGACCACAUGAAGCUGUCCUUCUCUCACAUCAUGAAGCACUGGAAGAAGACAAAUGUCCCCACUGGGAAGACCCCAGGCAGGAGUGUCUACCUCAGAUACUACGCACCUACACCCAACAACCAGAAAGUUGAAUCAGGUCAAAAGAGGAAGAGGGAGGAAGUGCCCGUCUUUGAACAAGGAGAAAAUAUUGACAAUCCUCUCAGGUGCCCUGUGAAGUUGUACGAGUUUUACUUGUCUAAGUGUCCUGAGAGUAUCAAGAGUCGCAGUGACCUGUUUUACCUGGUCCCAGAGAGGUCCUGCGUCCCUGACAGUCCCGUCUGGUACUCCACUCUGCCCCUGCAGGUAGAGGCUCUGAACAAGAUGCUGGCCAGAGUAAUGAUGGUUAGAGAAGUACAGGAGGCACAUAUGACUAUACAGCCUGUAUAUGUGUGAGGUCCAGAGGGCACAUAUGACUAUACAGCCUGUAUAUGUGUGAGGUCCAGAGGGCACAUAUGACUAUACAGCCUGUAUAUGUGUGAGGUCCAGAGGGCACGUGACUAUACAGCCCUUUUUGUGAGAGAAACCAUGAGAAGAUUCUAGAACUGAAUAAUUAACUGCUGGGAUCUCGGGGACGGUAUGUUCAAAAUCCUGGAAAUGACAGCCUAAUGCAUUAUUUUAGUGAUGAUAUAAGGGCCCAUUCGUUUGGAGCGGUUAUACUCUGUUGCCAUAUAAUGUGAUACUAUUUGUAUGCAUAUUCACGUAGGCUUUAAGCUAUCUACACCAAUGACUGUACGAACUGUGAGAAAGCUGCGUCUGUUCUAUAUGUAUGUGGAUAAAAGGACAGCUUCUUGAAGUGAGAACAAGAUUAAUGGUUGCCAGAUUUCUAGCGCAGUUUUAAGAAAUACUGCAUCUCUUCUUUCUAAUUGUUCCUUGUAUCAAGGGAUAUAUAAUACUAUUGACGUACUCAAGAAAAAUGUUGAAAUUAUGUUAAAUGUUAGUAAUUGUACAUAUAGAACAACAGUAGACGUUUCUCUUUAUUAGUGCUGUUGUAAGAAUAUUUUUACAUUAUAUAAAUACUGAAAAGUCGCUUGUUUUGUCCGCGGAACAUGCAUGGAAGUCCAUAGUUUUGUGCGCUACGUCACCUAAGUGAGCGUUGUCAUGGAAGGUUUAUAUUGUUUCUGUACAAACAACUUCCAAGGUCACGUGUCAAUAUGGAAAGACGAGAUUUCCAGACGAGAAACGUGAUGCGUACCUGGGGUAGAAGGCACGGGCGGGAAAAUUCGAGGAAACCUCUGCACAGAAAUAUUUUGUGAAAAGAUUUGCCAGUAAGGAUGCAGCGUUCAGUGGAAGAUUAUUAAUAUCACGUUGUCGUUCGAGUGACACGAUAUUUUACCACGUGAUAGACCUGGUUAGAACUAUAGGCCUUCUAAGAAUAGGAAUAAUAUUGUCAUUUAUGAAUGAGGUCAAGGUCGUCCUAGGCGGACGGUUUACCCCGGUGUAACAGAAAUGAAAGUCCGCUAGGAACCGUAGUCCGCUUUCCCUCACUUUGUACACCUGCCUACCAGUUGUAGCUAGUGGCACAUGAAUGUACGUACAAAGACCGAUAGUUUUGUGUGCAUGUUUAAUCCCAUAGAGAUUGAUGUAACGUAAUUCUAUACUUAAAAACCACUCGUCGGGUAGAUUUCAGUGAUAUUAUCAGUAUUGUAUAGUAGUGUAACUGUAGAGCGGUUUCUGUAGAAAAGGCAGCCGUACAUGUAGAACAGGAGCGAAGCCUCCAUCAUUAAAAGGAAAACUUGCUUCAGUUAGAGAUACGAUGUUCACCGUCUUGUUAUUAUUACAGUGAGCAUUAUGUGGUCUUCAAUGCAAUCCUAGUUACUUAAUAAACUUUUUUUACAAGA